AGCGGCCGGGGGCGGCGAGCGGGGCCGCGGAUGCGCACCGACUCAAGCGCCGACUGUCAGCCUCGGCGGGCCGGAGUUCUCCGGCGCGGGGACAGGGGCUUUGGGGGCGAGCCCUGGCGGGGGCCGGGUCCAAGGACCCGGGGCGCGGCGGCCCCGCCAGGAGGUCCGGCCGCGAGCGUGACCUCACGGGGAGGGGCCAGCGCGGCGGCCUGGGCGCUGAGCCGAGCGCCGGGAGAGCAGCGCCGAAGCCGAGCCGCGAGGACCGCACUCCGUGGCCCCGAUGGAGCGGUACAAAGCACAGGGGUGUUGCUGUCUGGUGGUACAGAGAAGGAUCCGGCAGGUUUCUGCGUCCCUGGAACAGCUGCUGACGGAGUUGGAUGACUUCCUCAAGAUUCUUGACCAGGAGAACCUGAGCAGCACAGCCCUGGUGAAGAAGAGCUGCCUGGCGGAGCUCCUCCGGCUUUACACCAAAAGCAGCAGCUCUGAUGAGGAGUACAUUUAUAUGAACAAAGUGAUCAUCAACAAGCAACAGAAUGCAGAGUCUCAAGGCAAAGCGCCUGAGGAGCAGGGCCUGCUGCCAAAUGGGGAGCCCAGCCAGCCCUCCUCGGCCCCUCAGAAGAGCCUUCCAGACCUCCCACCACCCAAGAUGAUUCCAGAACGGAAACAGCCUGCCAUCCCAAAGACGGAGUCUCCAGAGGGCUACUAUGAAGAGGCUGAGCCAUAUGACACAUCCCUCAAUGGUCACUCUGGCGGAUUUCUCCCCACUGGAGUCCCCAGAUGGGUGCAGGUGCCCGAAGGAGUCAUUUAUGCCACGAUCACCUUGGAGGACGGAGAGGCUGUGAGCAGCUCCUACGAGUCCUACGAUGAAGAGGAUGGCAGCAAGGGCAAGUCGGCCCCUUACCAGUGGCCCUCACCGGAAGCCGGCAUCGAGCUGAUGCGUGACGCCCGCAUCUGCGCCUUCCUGUGGCGCAAGAAGUGGCUGGGACAGUGGGCCAAGCAGCUCUGUGUCAUCAAGGACAACAGGCUUCUGUGCUACAAAUCCUCCAAGGACCACAGCCCUCAGCUGGACGUGAACCUACUGGGCAGCAGUGUCGUUCACAAGGAGAAGCAAGUGCGGAAGAAGGAGCACAAGCUGAAGAUCACGCCGAUGAAUGCCGACGUGAUCGUGCUGGGCCUGCAGAGCAAGGACCAGGCUGAGCAGUGGCUCAGGGUCAUCCAGGAAGUGAGUGGCCUGCCUUCCGAAGGAGCAUCUGAAGGAAACCAGUACACCCCGGAUGCCCAGCGCUUUAACUGCCAGAAACCAGAUACAGCUGAGAAGUACCUGUCAGCUUCAGAGUAUGGGAGCUCCAUGGAUGGCCACCCUGAGGUCCCAGAAACCAAAGACGUCAAGAAGAAAUGUUCUGCUGGCCUCAAACUGAGCAACCUAAUGAAUCUGGGCAGGAAGAAAUCCACCUCACUGGAGCCUGUGGAGAGGUCCCUUGAGACAUCCAGUUACCUGAACGUGCUGGUGAACAGCCAGUGGAAGUCUCGCUGGUGCUCUGUCAGGGACAAUCACCUGCACUUCUACCAGGACCGGAACCGGAGCAAGGUGGCCCAGCAACCCCUCAGCCUGGUGGGCUGCGAGGUGGUCCCAGACCCCAGCCCCGACCACCUCUACUCCUUCCGCAUCCUCCACAAGGGCGAGGAGCUGGCCAAGCUUGAGGCCAAGUCUUCCGAGGAAAUGGGCCACUGGCUGGGUCUCCUGCUCUCCGAGUCAGGCUCCAAGACAGACCCAGAAGAGUUCACCUACGACUACGUGGAUGCCGAUAGGGUUUCCUGUAUUGUGAGUGCAGCCAAAAACUCUCUCUUACUGAUGCAGAGAAAGUUCUCAGAGCCCAACACUUACAUCGAUGGCCUGCCUAGCCAGGACCGCCAGGAGGAGCUGUAUGACGACGUGGAACUGUCAGAGCUUACAGCUGCGGUGGAGCCUACCGAGGAAGCCACCCCUGUUGCAGAUGACCCAAAUGAGAGAGAAUCUGACCGAGUGUACCUGGACCUCACACCUGUCAAGUCCUUUCUGCACGGCCCCAGCAGUGCACAGGCCCAGGCCUCCUCCCCGACGUUGUCCCGCCUGGACAAUGCAACUGAGGCCCUCCCUGCAGACCCAGGCCCAGGUCCCACCCCAGAUGAGCCCUGCAUAAAGUGUGCAGAGAACCUGGGAGAACAGCAGCUGCAGAGUUUGGAGCCAGAGGAGGCUUCCCUGAGAAUCACCACCAUCAAAAUCCAGACUGAACAGCAGAGAAUCUCCUUCCCACCGAGCUGCCCAGACGCUGUGGUGGCCACCCCACCUGGUGCCAGCCCACCUGUGAAGGACAGGUUGCGCGUGACCAGUGCAGAGAUCAAGCUUGGCAAGAAUCGGACAGAAGCUGAGGUGAAGCGGUACACAGAGGAGAAGGAGAGGCUUGAAAAGAAGAAGGAAGAAAUCCGGGGGCACCUGGCUCAGCUCCGGAAAGAGAAACGGGAGCUAAAGGAAACCCUACUGAAAUGCACAGACAAGGAAGUCCUGGCCAGCCUGGAGCAGAAGCUGAAGGAAAUUGACGAGGAGUGCCGGGGUGAGGAGAGCAGGCGCGUGGACCUGGAGCUCAGCAUCAUGGAGGUGAAGGACAACCUGAAGAAGGCUGAGGCAGGGCCUGUGACGUUAGGCACCACCGUGGACACCACCCACCUGGAGAACGUGAGCCCCCGCCCCAAAGCUGUCACACCCGCCUCCGCCCCAGACUGUACCCCAGUCAACUCUGCAACCACACUCAAGAACAGGCCUCUCUCAGUCAUGGUCACAGGCAAAGGCACUGUCCUCCAGAAAGCCAAGGAAUGGGAGAAGAAAGGAGCAAGUUAGAAAACAAGCUUCAUCUAAAGACUCUCAUGUCAAUGUGGACCUUGGUGACAAUCCUGCUUUGUUAAAGCAAGAACUCUGCGAAAGGGUGAGUGAGUCUGUUUAGAAGAAAAAGCAAAGACUGAGGUACUGUGAAUGGAGAGCUUCGGCUAAGAGGAGGCUCUGUCCCUUUUCAGAGCCAAAGGAAAUAAUACAACAAAAAGGAGGCUUCUUUGGAGACCUAAGUCUAUUGGAUGUAAACAAGACGUAUUUAGGGAUGUUCUGUGUUUCUUUCUUUUUUGAAGUUGUCAUCAAUUGCUUUACUAAGAUUUUUAAAUAGUGAAAAACCUCGUGUUUGUUUAGACUUUGGUGGAAGAUGAAUCAAGGAAGCAGGGCCCUGUCUGUCUUAUGGGUCACGUGGCUUUGGUGAGUGAGAAGACCUAAACUCCUGGCCAUCAUCUCUUAUCCAAUACUUAGCAGUUGGGGAUUAAACCAUCCUUGCCUUCAGUUCUCUCCAAUAUUACCAGGCCCAACUCAGUCUUCAGUGAUUUUAAACAGCAUUGACGUCAUCUGUAAAACCAUCUAUGACAUGAGUUUUGAGAAACAAUAAUGGAGGAAAAUAUUUGGGACCAAGCUGAAGCACUGAUCCCACUAAGUUAAAGACUUCUUUCCAGUCCAAGGCAGGCCUGAAUCAACUGUCUUUAAAUAAAAUUUUAAGUGAUGCUGUAUUAUAUAUAGGAAAAAAUGCUUAAAAUCCUGUCAUUUAGAACAGUGAAAAGUAUCUUUUGAGAUUAAAUUGACUGACUCUUUAGGGAAAAAAAAUUACUCUUGUGUUUACAGAUUCAUUGCUGUGGUCGGGCCAUUUUUAAGGGAAGAGUUAUUUAAUAUAAAUAGUCCCUGAUUUUAAUGUUCAUUCCCCUUCCAAGAACAAAGUGGUGAUUUUUGGUUAGGGUGAUCACCCUCUUAAAAUUGGCAGUGCUGUUCCUUGUGCUGCCCCUGUCUUUUCCUCUGAUGGCAUUUUUUUUUUUUUUUUAACACAGGUUGAAACAUUUCAUCUAUUAUCUCUGCCUCAUUUCUGGAGGGUUGUGUAUCAGUUCUCUAACACUUGUUUCUGAGAACUAAAGGUCUUUUUUAUUCUUAUUUCCUCUCUCAUAAACAUUUGGUGACCUUUUACCAAGUGGUGAGUUAGGUUUUUUAAAAUAAAAUGUUCAUUGUAUUUGAAGUUUUCUUUGUAGUUCAUGAAAUGACUUGGGGCAGGGCCUGGGGGGUUCUCAAGGGAGGAAAUGUUUUGGUUAUUUACACACUGAACUACAAGAUGGGAUCCUAGCAGGAAACUCAGCCUCCUUGAAUCAAAGAGCAUAGAUAAGGCUGAAAGCAAAUUUUAGUUGUACAGUUAACAACAUACGAAAGACACAGGAAACAUCUGCAGAAAUUGAUCAUAUGUAAGUGAAUGAAAAAUCAGUACUCCUCCCAGAAGUUAAAUAUACUCCCAAAGAAUUCUUGGGAAAAAAGAAACAUACAUAUCAAUACUGGGAAGGUUGCCUAAGUAGUAAUUAAGGAAGUUUAUAGCAUAAAUGUGUUUAUUUUAAAAAUGACAAAACCAAAAUCUGGUUCAUUAAAGAGACAAAUAGACAACCUAAGGCAAUAUGAAAUAGCAGAACUGAAAUGGAGGCCUUAAUACAGAUACUGACAAGAUUUUUCAAAUUAUAAGAAAAUACUAUGAAUAUAUCAGUGUAAAAGUUUGAGAAAUAUGUAUUUUCCAUUAUAAGGUUAGUAUAGCUCUGAUACCAAAAAUUCAAAACAAAUUGCAAAAGAAAACAAAUUUCAUUGUUGAACACAGAUUAAAAGAAUCUGAAAUAAAAUGUUGGCAAAUGAAAAAUUCAGCAGGGUUUAUAGAAUGAUGCAUAACGACCAAAUAGAGUUUAUCCAAAAAAAUCAAGGGUUGUUCAAUGAUUGAAAAUAUACAAAUGGAUAACCUAUCACAUUAACAGAUUAAAUAUAAAAAAAUGCAUUAUCUUGAAGAAGAAAAAGCAUACCAUAAAUCUCAACACAUAAUAAACUCUUAGUUCAUCUAGGAAUUAAGCAUUCUUAAACUGAUAAGUAACCCAUAGAAAACAAUUAUAAUGAUGAAAAAGUCAAGAACCAGAUAUGGAUACAUGCUACUUCAUGAAACAUUAUUCUGGAGGUCCCAGUCAAUGCAAAAUGACAAGAAAAAGAAGUGGUAUACAACUUUAAAAGGAAGAGACAAAACUAGCAUCAUUUGGAAAUAUUUCUCUAGAAAAGCAAGAGUCAAUUAUUAGAACUAGGGUAUUCAACAAGAUGACUGGAAUCAGGAUCGUUCAGAGAAAAUAAGGAAAUUUAUGGCCUAUAUGCAAUGUUUUAAUUAUUGCAAGGAAAAUAUAUUUCUGUCUUAUUUGAAUAAGUAAUUAAAGGUAAAAAUUAAAGCUAAUUUCUUUUAAAUGAAAGAAAAAAGGCUUGGCUAGUUAGGCCAUAGGAUAGCACUUUCCUGGGGGACUGACAAAAGCCGAACUAUUCAGUGGCACUGUCACUACAAAAGGGGAAAAAAUGUUUCAAAGGCAAGAAACCCAUUUCCUACGAAGAAACAGUAGAGGCCUUUACUAUGUAAGUCCAGAGCCCACAGUUUGCUGUUUAAAUCCAAGUAAUUCAAUCAGGGCACCCAAAUACCAGCCCGGAACAAGACAAAAAGCCUACAUUAUAACAUGGUUAAACUGCUAUUUAAAGACAAUGCAUUCAUGUAAUUUCUGUGACAUCACUGAUCAGCAUCUGCUAGGGAGCGUGUGAUCCUGCCCCGGAUGUUGUCUUCUGUGAAGGGCAGCAUAAUAACAAAGUUAUCAAUGAAAGUAUCCCUUGAAUAGAGAUGAUUAUGACUCAAUGUCUGGUACACCAGACUUUUUAAUAUAUAAAAUCAUGGUGAUACUGCUUCAAGCACUU